AUGGAGUGCAAGACUGAGGGAAAAGAAAGAUACCAACACAGUUUGAAUUUACUGAAUAAAAUUAAGAACAUGAGAGAACUAGCAGAGAUGAUUGAUGUUGUGCUCAUCGCAGAAGGGGAGAGAUUCCCUUGCCACAGGCUGGUCCUGGCUGCAUUCAGUCCUUAUUUCAAAGCGAUGUUUACCUGUGGACUACUUGAGUGUACUCAGAGGGAAGUCGUACUUUACGACAUCACAGCAGAAAGUGUGUCGGUGAUAUUAAAUUAUAUGUACCAUGCGGCUUUGGAGAUCAGUAAUGCCAACGUACAGACUGUGGCUGUGGCCGCCUAUUUUAUGCAGAUGGAGGAAGUCUUCAGUGUGUGUCAGAAGUAUAUGGUGGACCAUAUGGAUGCCUCGAACUGUUUGGGUAUCUAUCAUUUUGCAAAGCAGAUUGGAGCUGAGGAUUUAGCUGAUCAAUCAAAGAAGUAUUUAUAUCAGCACUUUGCUGAGGUGAGCUUACAUGAAGAGAUACUAGAAAUUGAAGUGCACCAAUUUCUGACGCUUAUUAAAUCAGAUGACCUGAACAUAUCCAGAGAGGAGAGCAUUCUGGACCUAGUUCUGAGAUGGGUAAAUCAUAACCGAGAACUGCGCACAGAGCAUCUUGUGGAACUUCUGAAGCACGUUAGGUUGCAACUGGUAAAUCCUUCUUUUUUAAGACAAGCCCUGAAAAGGAACACAAUGCUUCUGUGUGAUGCAAACUGCAUUGACAUCAUUCAAAACGCAUUCAAAGCCAUCAAGACCCCUCAACAGCACUCUCUCAAUCUUCGUUAUGGCAUGGAGACUACCAGUCUUUUGCUGUGCAUUGGCACCAACUCUUCAGGAAUCAGGUCGAGACACAGGAACUACGGAGAUGCCAGUUUUUGCUAUGAUCCUGCAUUGCGCAAGACCUAUUUCAUCCCGUCUCCCAAGUAUGGGGAGGGUUUAGGCACUGUGUGUACUGGUGUUGUCAUGGAAAACAACACUAUCAUCGUGGCUGGAGAAGCAAGUGUCUCUAAACUCUCCAGACAAAAGAGCAAGAAUGUUGAAAUCUACAGGUAUCAUGAUAGAGGAAACCAGUUUUGGGAAAAGUUAUGCACAACAGAAUUUCGAGAGCUCUACGCUCUGGGCACCAUCCAUAACGACCUCUACGUCAUAGGAGGACAGAUGAAAAUUAAAAACCAGUAUCUUAUUACAAACUGUGUUGAUAAGUACUCUGUAGAAAGGGACACUUGGAAAAGGGUGUCCCCCCUUCCACUACAGUUGGCGUGUCAUGCUGUAGUAACAGUGAAUAAUAAACUUUACGUGAUUGGAGGCUGGACCCCUCAGAUGGACCUUCCUGAUGAGGAACCCGAUCGAUUAAGCAACAAGCUGCUGAACUACGACCCCAGCCAAGAUCAGUGGGCAGCGCAGGCCCCCAUGAAGUACUCAAAGUACCGAUUCAGCACGGCCGUGCUCAACAGCGAGAUCUACGUUCUGGGUGGAAUCGGCUGCAUAGGUCGAGACGAGGGCCAGGUUCGGAAGUGCCUCGACGUGGUGGAGAUCUACAACCCGGAUGGGGACUUCUGGAGGGAGGGCCCACCCAUGCCCAGCCCCCUGCUCUCACUUCGCACGAAUUCUACCAAUGCGGGAGCCGUGGACGGGAAGCUGUACGUCUGCGGGGGCUUCCACGGAGCAGAUCGCCACGAAAUUAUCUCCAAAGAGAUACUGGAGCUGGACCCCUGGGAGAACCAAUGGAAUGUCGUAGCUGUCAACGCCCUCAUGCACGACAGCUAUGAUGUCUGCCUGGUGGCGAGGAAGAAUCCCCGCGACCUCAUCCCCCCGCCUUCAGACUCAGUGGAGAAGGGUGGGGGGCACUGA